AUGGCGUGUUAUUGUCUGAAGAGUUCGUUCUUAGCACUAUUAAACGAUAGAGGAAAGAUAAUUCCAUUUCUCAACUUCGAUUUUCGCGAGUCGAAGAUCGUUGGAGGGCAAAACGCUACCGAUGGUGGAAUCCCGUACCAGGUGUCUCUGAGAUCCUUGUUCAAUUCUCAUUUCUGUGGAGGUUCUAUAUUGAACAGCCGAUGGGUUCUCACUGCAGCCCAUUGUACUGAUGGCCAAUCAGUCUACAAUGUCAAAGUUGUCGUCGGUACUAACAGUCUCACCCAUGGCGGUAAAACAUACAAAGCUGAGAAAAUCAUCAUUCACAAAGACUAUGACAGCAACCUCAUAGUGAAUGACGUCAGCGUCAUCAAGGUCACUAAAGAUAUAGAGUUCAAUUCUAAAGUGCGCCCAAUCAAAUUACCAGAACGCGAUACUGAUGAAGGAGCCCCUUUGUUGCUUAGUGGAUGGGGAAGAGUCUCUUACCCUGGCUACCUCCCCGAUCGCUUGCAAGUCAUCAACCUCACCGCAGUCAGCACCAGCCAGUGCCGUGAUAUCUUCGUUGGUAUCAACGAGGUCUUCGACUCUCAGAUCUGCUCGCUGACCAGGUCGGGUGAAGGCGCUUGCCACGGUGAUUCUGGUGGACCUUUAGUGGAAGGUGACAGCAUUGUAGGCGUAGUCUCCUGGGGCAUGCCAUGCGCCCGAGGCUACCCAGAUGUCUACAGCAGGGUAUACUUCUUCAGAGACUGGAUCCUGGAUAACAUAGAUGAUGAAGAAGAAUCCACUAGUACUAACACCACGCCUACCGUUGAAGAAGAACUCUCCUCUCCAUCAGAUGAAAACAGUUUAGAAUAUGAUAAAAAUAAUGCCUUAGGUGUUCAUAAAAAUCGUAUUUUUAAUCUUCGUAAGUGA